UCUCAGGCUCUCCGGAACAGCAGCGGCAAUUGCCCCCCAUACACCAUCCCCUCCGCCUCUUUUCGAUACCCAAUCUCUCCUCCAUUCGCGGCCGUGAUCGCCUCCGUCAGAAUGCUCUCCGCUCGAGUCGCCCGCGCUGGUCUGCGCGCCUCCGUCCAGCAGUUCUCCGUUCCUCGCACUGCCGCCCUCAAUGGCAUCAGGACCUACGCCACGCCCGCCCAGGACGUGAGGCCCCCUGUGGCUCUGUUCGGUAUCGAUGGCACCUAUGCCAGCUCUCUGUACACUGCUGCCGUUAAGACUUCCACUCUCGACUCGGCCGCCAAGGCUCUUGCCAACCUCCACGAGACUUUCAAGAAGGACCCCAAGCUCACCACCAUCUUGGACGCCCCGACCCUCACCAAGGCCGACAAGCAGCAGAUCAUUGAAGAGCUCCAGAAGAUUGCCGGUGCUGACAAGGAUGGCAUCUUCAAGAACUUCCUCAACACUCUCGCCGAGAACAACCGUCUGGGUGCCCUUGAGGGUGUCUGCGACAAGUUCGCGACCCUCAUGAGCGCUCACCGCGGCGAGAUGGAGCUCAGCAUCACCAGUGCUCAGGAGCUCGACAACAAGACCAUCCAGCGCAUUGAGAAGGCCGUUUCCAAGUCCGAGUUCAGCCAGGGCAAGAAGCUCAAGGUUGUCACCAAGGUCAACCCCGAUGUCAUCGGAGGCCUCAUUGUUGAGAUUGGUGACCGUACCAUCGACCUCAGCGUCUCCUCCCGCAUUGCCAAGCUCAACAAGGCCCUCACCGACGCCGUGUAAAUUAACUCAAUCCUCGCGAUCCCCUUUUUAACACCCCCACAGCCAUGAGACCUGUCGGAGUAUAGGAAGAAAUGAAUCCAUUUUUCUAUUCCCCUUUCUUUCCCUCUCUACUUCAGCAAGUUUCAUGGAAAUGAAAGCCUUCAAUCACGUGGAAAAACUUUGGCCUUACUUAGAUCAACCCAACUUGAGCCAGUCGAACCUACUUCCGUACCAUAUGAUAUAGGUAUAUAGUGCCUGUUCUACUAUCUUACCUAUUGUCGAAUCCCUUUGUCAAAUUAGAAAAAGAACAUAGCCCUUUUGUUUACUCCAUCGGUUUUCCGUUUCUUUUGUAGUCAUGUAGAGAAGCUGCGCACGUUAGCUGGUUCAAAUUAGAUACUUCCAAUACGAGGC